AUGCCCGAACCAGACCAAAGAAACAUACUUGAGGACCCCAAGUCUUCGGAUACUGCGGAUCCCAACAACCCACAGAAUUGGUCUCUAGCAGCCAAACUAUCCACAUACUUGACCAUUUGUUCGUUUACCUUCCUCGCCAAUGUCAACAGUAGCAAUUUUACUGUUGCAACCCAGCCCAUCAUCAAAGAGUUCCAUGUUACCCAGACGCAAGCCGGCGAGCUUGUCUGUUUUAAUGUAUUCCUUUUUGGAAUGGGCAACAUUUUCUGGGUCCCACUCAUGCGAGUCAUUGGAAAGCGCCCAGUGUAUCUGCUUGCGAUGCUCAGCCUAUGCAUGAUGAAUGUGUGGUCCAGCAAAGCCGUGAGUUAUGGAGAACUACUUGCUUCCCGGAUCCUGUCUGGGUUUGCUGCUGCCGCGGCCGAUGCCACUGUCCCCGCAGUGGUGGCGGACAUGGUCGCUCCCCAGGAUCGUGGACAUUAUAUGAUGUUUUUUCAUUUAGCAAUGACAGCAGGUCUGUUUCUCGGUCCUUUAAUCAAUGCUUAUCUGGUUCAAGAGCAGAACUGGCGCUGGAUGUGUUACUUCCUUGCCAUUGCUGUUGGCGUCGUCUUGGUUCUGUCUAUUUUUACUAUCCGAGAAACAUCUUACCACCAGCGACAUGACAGUACCUCCCCGGCGAAACGAUCACAAAUACAGUGGAUGUCCUUGACCGUGGGCUUUAACCGCCAGGCGUCAUUCAUGCAAGCUCUCAUAGAUAUCCUUGCAAAUGCCGCAUACCCGCCUUUGAUCUGGUGCUCGUUUACCAUUGGCAUUUCUGUUGGCUGGAACAUUGUUGUGCAACUCAUGUCAUCUCGGACAUUCACGAAGCCCCCUUACAACUGGGAACUCGGCGACCUCGGUCUCCUCUCGAUAGCAGGAUUUAUCGGUUCAAUCCUUGCAUUCUAUGUUGGCGGCCGCUUGAUCGACAUUAUUUCCACGCGAAGCACGGCCCGACAUGGCGGUGUUCGUUUGCCGGAAUACCGAUUGCCCGCUAUCGUGAUCCCUGGCGUGAUUGGACCCGCAGGAAUUCUCAUUUUUGGUCUUUGCAUCGCAAACAAAACACACUGGAUCGGUCCCGCAGUUGGUAAUGCUAUGCAAGCAUUCGGUGUCGCCGCUAUCAGCAACGUUGCCGUGACAUACUCGUUGGACUCAUACAAGCCGGCAUUGGUCAUCAUAUUCGUUAUUAGGAAUACUAUCGGAAUGCUUGUUUCAUUAUACGCUGCGGACUGGAUUGAACGUCAAGGGCCUGCGGCUGUCUUUGGUGAAAUGACCGCGAUCCAAGUCGUGAGCAUCCUCUUCGCCAUUCCUCUUUUCAUUUGGGGUAGCUUUAUCCGAGCUUUUACCUCCCGAUAUGGUCCCAUGAAGCGUUUCCAGGAAUAG